AUGCGAUUUCCUGAUUCUGAAUGUGUAAAUGACCUUGAGGCACCUCGUGGGCAAAUCGACCUUCUACCUCGCACAGAUUGUGAAAAAUUAUUGUUAGGGGUCGUCGUUGUCGCAGCCCCAGUGGUCGUCGCUGCUGCGGCCGUUGUGGUAGCUACUGCCGCGGCUGUGGUAGUCCACUUGAUCCAGGUGUUGAUCCGUGUAAAG